AUGAAAACUGUCUCAUCAAAAAUAAUUAAAAAAUCUUCGAAUCAUCGACGGGCAUUAAGCGAAAGUGAACGUUAUGCAGAAGAACCAGUACUAAUAACAUGUCAAAAUAAUCAACAAUCACGAAAACGACAGUUAAGCGAUAUUAAUGACCAAACACUUGUCACUAAAUAUGUUAAAGGGAAAAAUAGUUGGUCAAAAUCAGUAACAACAUCUGAGAGUUCAGUAAACGAAACAAUUAAUAAAAGCAAAACGGGUAAUUUAUCCUGCAGUCUAACACAAUUGUCUUGUCCAAUACCGAUAUUUCUUUCUAAUUUUGAUAAAGCUUCAACAUCAGAUAAUUGUACUAAUAAAAGUUUGAUAUUCAGUCCAUAUGCAUCGUUGCCUGAGUUAUCAUUUUCGAGUCAUCAACAACAAAAACGAAUUCGUCCAUAUACAUUAAUAUUAACACCAAAUUCAAAUUUAUCUGUAACGUCAUCAUUCGAUGUGAGUUCGAUUGUACAAGAUAAAAUUAAUCUUUUAACAUCGAAACAAUUGGCAGAUUAUGUGAAAGAUGAUUUGAGAAAAUUACACUAUUUAAUCUUCGAUUGUAGAUUACCUUUCCGUUAUCAUGAAAAUCAUGUUAAAAAUUCUAUUUUAUUCCAUGUUGAUGAUAAAAUAUCGCGACAACACUUAUCUACACGUGGUAUAACAACAUUUUUAAAUACGAAAAUAAUUGAUCAAUGUGAAGUUAUUAUCUUAUAUGAUGAUACUACAUAUGUAGUUGAUGAUGACACAUCUAAUUCAUGUUCAAAUCUGAAAGAUCAAAAAUAUUUAUUUACACAAUGUAAUGAUAAAUUUACUUCUUCAAUUCCACUACAUCAGUUAGCACCAUCAAUGAAAUGUGUCUAUGAAAAUAUAAAAUACUACAAUAAUAAAAAACUUAUUUAUAUACUAAAUGUAUCGUUUAAUAAAUUUCAUGAACAAUAUAAGUCUUUAUGUGAAUGCUCUUCUUCUGAUGAACGGAGACCACGUUCUUUACCAUCAUCACCAACAAAAAAUAAUUAUUGCGAACAAAUCGUUAUACCAUUAACAGCCCCAUUAUCAGCAAAUGUGAAUAGUUUUCCAAUGACAAAAAUUUUAAAUGGUUUAUAUAUUGGAAAUGAACAAAAUGCAGCAGAUACUCAAUUAUUAAGCGAUGAACAAAUUACACAUAUUGUCAAUGUUACUCAACAUUUACCGUGUUAUUCAUCUGAAUUAAAUUAUUAUCAUUUACCAGUUGAUGAUUCAAAUAAACAAAACUUAAUAGAUUAUUUUGAUAAAGCCUACAUGUUCAUACUAAAUGCAAUUGAAAAUAACAAAAAAGUUCUCGUUCAUUGUCAAGCAGGAAUAUCACGAUCACCGGCAAUUGUUAUUGGAUUUCUAAUGAAAUAUUUGAACAUGUGUAUGAACGAUGCAUAUGAUUUAGUUAAACAAAAACGUUCGAUUAUUUCACCUAAUUUUGGAUUUUUAGGACAAUUACUUGAGUAUGAGAAAAAAUUAAAACAAUAUCAGAUAAACAAUGCAGCUUCAAUUUAA